GGCACGCUGAGACACCAACAGAGGAGCUAUUGUUAACGAGGAGCGGACCGGGCUGUGUCCCGGUUUAAUGCGCUUCACUUAGCACCCUACCCUUACCUGUUCAGUAGACUAUCUAUUUAUUUCCACGCGACGGGCCCGGACACUGUCGAAGAAAGUCAAAUCAGGUGAGGAAAGGAAAAAGCGUCCACGGAAGGAAGGAAGGAAGAAGGACGGAAGGAAAGAAAGGAGGAAGUAGUAAUAAGGAAAGCUGGGAACUCAACAGGUCAAUGUUUUAGCUUCGGAGUUGUUUAUUUUUUUGCACGCACCGGGAAAAAACUACACGCCGAGAAAAUGCCGCUGGGACCGUGGAGGAAGAAAAACAAGUCGACGAAGGAGCAGCUGGUGGACAAUGAGGAGGUCGGCGGCGGACACGCAGGUACCGGGAGCCUCGGCAAAUCCUCCGUGAACGGAGCGGGGCUCCCGGCUCCACCUGCCAACCUGCGGCCCAAGCUGGUCUUCCACACGCAACUGGCCCACGGCAGCCCCACGGGCAGGAUCGAGGGAUUCACCAACGUGAAGGAGCUGUACGUGAAAAUAGCCGACGCGUUUAAUAUAAGCCCACCUGAGAUCCUGUUCUGCACCCUCAACACUCACAAGAUCGACAUGGAGAAGCUGCUCGGGGGUCAGAUCGGCCUGGAGGAUUUUAUCUUCGCCCACAUUAAAGGGAUCAAGAAGGAGGUGGAGAUCUAUAAAGCUGAAGACGCCCUGGGCCUCACAAUCACCGACAACGGAGCAGGAUAUGCUUUCAUAAAGCGCAUCAAAGAGGGCAGCGUUGCAGACGGGGUGAAGGUGAUCUGCGUGGGCGACCACAUAGAGAGCAUUAACGGACGCCACAUCGUCGGGACGCGACAUUACGAGGUGGCCCGCAUGCUGAAAGAGCUGCCCCGAGACAAAUCCUUCACCCUGAGGCUGGUGGAGCCGAUGAAGGCCUUCGAUAUGCUCGAGCCGAGGUCGAAGGGCGCCAAGCCUGCUAGUGAAAACAAGGUUGGCACAGGGAAGGGGACUCUGAGACUGCGCUCCAAAGGACCAGCUACCGUAGAGGAUGAGCCGACGGAAUUUGAGGAGAAAGCUGUGAAGAAAGUAGACGACCUCCUGGAGAGCUACAUGGGCAUCAGAGACACUGAACUCGCUGCUACGAUGGUCGAGGUCGGCCGUGACAAGAAGAACCCAGAUGAAUUCGCCAUGGCGCUGGACGAGACCCUCGGAGACUUCGCCUUUCCCGACGAGUUUGUCUUUGACGUCUGGGGGGCCAUUGGAGACGCCAAGCAGGGGAGAUUUUAAUUCUUAGACUGACUUCCCCCAUGCACGUUCCGAUACAUAUAUACACUCACACAGACAACACUACUUCCCCAGAUUACCUCUUAAAACCCUCAGAAGCAAACUGGACAAACUUCAAGAUUAACUUUUUACCAUCACUUUGUCUAAAAUAUAUAUUUUUUUUGGUGUAAUCUUAUUCAUGUGGAAUGUAGCUUUCGGACACUGGACCUUCCCCCCCAGCAAGCUGAAGAGUUGGUGAUUCAUUCCAGAUGUUGUGUCUGAGACAGAAAAGCUUAAUUUAAAAAAGCUCAUAAUGUAGAAAACAGGCGUCUGUCACACUGGUUAUUAACAUUAAUGGUACGUGCACAACCUUAAAUUUUUACAAUCAGAUUUUAUAGCCGUGCAAUUUUUAAAUAUACAGAUGUAUCUCAGAUUUUUAUAGACUUUUUGUUUUUAUAUAUACACACAUAUAUAUAUAAGUAUAUAUAUAUAAAUGUGGUGGCGCUGCUCAUUUUAUAGCAGCAGCAGCAUUGUGUAAUUAAAGUGAUUGUAGCAAUAUAUAACCUUCUUAUUUUUCAGAUCUUUUUAAAUGUUAAAGAAGUCAGCUGUGACUCUUUAAAAAACCUCUUAAGUAGGCCUGUCUGGAUAAGAAAUAUAUUGUCACACAAAUUAUUGCCGAUAAACGAUAUUAUCGUUAUCGAUAGUAUAUGGCAUAAUAAUGCAAGUACAUCCUUUAAAAGCAAUAUUUCUCAAGAUCAUUUAACAUUGUAAUUGCAAUGUCGACAACUUUUAAAUAUCCUAAAUAAAUAAAUAAAUAAAAUACACAUGAGCUAACUCAGCUCUCUGUGUGUGCGCACCAUUUUGCGCUGUUUCUUUUAUACUUACUUCGGUGACCAAACGCCUCAGUGAGUGUUGAUUGUCGUGAUGAAGGCUCCUCUUCGUCUCCAUUUGCAUUUUUUCCCCCCUAGCUGUGAAAACUGGACCGGAUGAUUGUGUUUCAGGUGCGCGUGCAAGUUGGUUUAAUUGGCUUUUUUCUUUGCCUCUACUUCCAAACUAAUACAAUAGACUGUGUCGUCCGUGUCAGUGGGUUUACUUUGCUCAUUCCGCUCAAAUCCGAAAUAUUCCCACACUGUGGCAUUCACCUUUGAAAUCAUUCCGUUUGUUCCUACAAAUUUGUACUCGCGUUACCUUGCUCUGUACUCCUCGUGAGGUUCACGUGCUGCUAUAAAGAGCCAUAUAGUAGAGACAGUCUGGUCAACGGGAAUGGACCGUCUUAGCUAUCGCUCUAUGCUGAUUGGUUCUGAGCUGGUCACGUGUUUCAUGAGCGCUAUGUUAGAUACAUCUUACCAACGUUUACCUAUAGAGAAGUGGCAAUAACAGAUAAUAAAAUUGGAUUGAAAGUUAAAAUAUGCCACAGUGCUAAGCCUUCGGCUCCAGCACAGGAUCAGGGGGAAAGUUAUGGGAAUAGAAAGGGGUAAAUGUCUCUCUCUUGAUGUUUGCUAAGAUUUUAAAUAGGAAAAAGUCAUACCAUCAAAUUUAAAGUAAGUCGACGCUGAGAUAUUUAAGUGAGGACCUUUUACAUAUUGACAGACUUUGGCAAUAACAUUUAUAGGCCCAUUAAUGGUGGAAAUAAGACAUUUAUUUCAACAUAGCACAUCCGUCCCAUAGGGUUAUACAGUAGAAUCUUCCCUCUGACGUAGCAAACAUGGCGCCCGUGAUUUGAGUUGGCCAGACUCUCUCUAAUAUACGGCUCUGGAACCAACGCCCCCUGGUGUUGACACCGAUACACAGAAUGAACCCUCCUGUCAUUUAGCCUCUUUGGUAGAGACGAGGAAAACAAAAACGCAUGCGCAAGGCAACAUAGCGAGGCUGGCAAAAUUAUCAAGAUCGUUUUCAUUUAUCGCGAUUAAUUGAUUUAUUGAUUAUCGUGACAGGCCUACAAGAUCUCAAACAUCUCGCAGAGUCUCGGGUCAGAGACUGAGCAGGGGUUUGUUUUUCCUGUAAAAUGCCUUUUUAGCCAACUUGACGACACAUUCCUCAAAUGUUCUUAGAGAUGCACACUUGUUGUCAUUUUAUUUUUUUUCUCCUCCUGUAAUUUAUUUCAUCACGAAAAAUCAAUAAUGCUGUAAGACUUUUUAUGACGGUGGAAGCCGUUGUGAAGGCAGCGUCUGGAACGGCAUCAGUUGCAAAUCUCAGAUAAAUGCACUCCGUCACCGUCAAACCUGAAUUUAAAAGAGCGUCUUGAUUAAUGUCUGGUAUCUGCUGAUGUUUGACAAACCAUAAGGGAUCACUGCUGUUGUUGCAUAGACAAUAAAUAAAAAAAAUCUUGACAUACUGUUAA